UUACGAAAAAUAUGUGACCAAUUCAUUAAAAUUGAAAAUUUUACCCUCUAAAAGAGGGUCUAAGAUCUUUUGUAAUAUGUUUCUCAUAAAUAUAGAAUAUCAAUAUUUUUAAUAGAGGCAUAUUAUAUUUAAUUAUUUUAUUUAUUUAGUUAUAAAUAGUUUAAAAUACUAUGAAUAUUUAUUUAUUUAGGCAAAAUUUCGAAGGUUGCAAGAUUGUCUUUCAAGUUCGUUGUUUUUUGUUAAGUGUGAAGUGUCUUCUCUUUGAAUAAAUUGUAAUUUGUUGAUUAUUAUUCUCUUUUACUUUAUUUAUAUUUUUGUAAACAAAAUACGAAUUGUGACAUAUUAAAUUAAUGUAUAUUUUGUAAUGAGUUAAUAAUAUAUGUAAUAUUGUAAAUAUUAAUUUAAAAAUAAAGAAUGGAUUCUGAAAACUUGUGCCGCUGUUGUCUUUCUAGAGGCGCGAACAAAGAUCUAAAUUCUACAUAUGUUUGGCUGAAUAGAAAGGAAAUAUAUUCUGAUAUGUUGCUGGAAUGCUUUAAUAUUGUUUUGUCAAUGUCGGAGUACACUGGCCGUGCAAUAUGUGACGUCUGCAUCGAGCUGCUCCGCAGUUCCUUCGACUUCAAGCAACAGGUGCUCCGUUCGGAAAGUGAGCUGCUUAAGAGGAUAGCGGAUGUCCAAGGGCCAGACGGGAAGCCGGUGGCAAUCAAAUUGGAACCGAAGCAAGACAGCGAUGAUGACUCCGACGACUACUUCCUGGCUGAUGCGGUAAGAGAAGCGGCAGAACAAAAAAUAAAAUGCGAGGCCAAGGAGCCCAAGAAGAGAACAGAACAGAAGAAGAAGAAAACAAUAAGGAAGACGUCCGUAAAGAAGGCAGGCGGGAAAUGGCGUUCGGAGAAGAUUAAAAAUCUUGUUAGCAGACUAGCUACUUCUAUCAAUACCUGCGACAUACCUGACUUGACCCUAAAGAAUCCAGAAACGGACGUGAAAAACAGAACUAAAAUCACCAUCACAAAAGAGCCAAUAUACAAAGAAACCAAAAUAAAUUUAAUGUGGACCACACGCACGAACCACGACAAGAGUAAACACAAGGAAAACUUGCAGACCAUAUUGAAGUUUUCAAACGCCACACCGUUCAAGAACAAGUCUCUGCUCGGCUUCAUUUGUGGAUACUGCGACGCCACAUACCCUGACCCCAUCGACUUGAGGAGCCACACAGAGGUGGACCACAAAAAAGAGAGGCUACAGUUUAAAUCGAACUUCGACAUGACCGAAUACAACGUGAAGUUGGACGUCACUGAUCUGACGUGCACGCUGUGCGACGAGCGGAUGGCGAAUCUGACGUCGUUGAAGGAGCAUCUAAUGAAAACCCACAAUAAGACCAUAUACAACGACAUCAAGGAUCACAUACUGCAGUUCAAGCUGAAGAAGGGCGACGUGUACGACUGCGCUAUGUGCUCGUCUACCUAUGAGACGUUCAAGAUGCUGAAACAGCAUAUGAACAAGCAUUACUGUAACUACACGUGCCCCAAAUGCGACAGUUCGUUCGCAACUAAGAGAUCACUGAACGCCCACAGGACUACCCAUCAGGAAGGCAACUUCAAAUGCGAUCAAUGCGACAAAGUCUUCUCGAGCAGAUCCAAGAAGCAUUACCACGAGAAAACCAAGCAUUUGGGUGCGAGGAACAUAAGCAAUUGUCCGUUCUGCAACGAACCGUUCCGGAGCUACUAUCAACGGAACCAGCAUCUCGUUAAAGUCCACAACUCCGAAGCGCAGUACAAGUGUAACGUUUGCAAUAAGUCGUACAUAUUAAAGUCAUUGCUGAUGUAUCAUAUAAAGAAGAAUCACUUAAUGGAACGCAACUGUCAAUGUACAGAGUGUGGAUUCAGGUUUUUCAGCAAGAAAGCGCUUAAAGCACACAUGAUUAAGCAUACUGGUGAGAGGAUAUACGCCUGCGAAGUGUGCCAUAAGUCGUACGCUAGGAAAUAUACGCUCAGAGAACAUAUGAGGAUACACAAUAACGAUAGGAGGUUUAAAUGCGACGUCUGUGCAAUGGCGUUUGUGCAGAAGUGCAGUUUGAAAAGUCACCUGCUGUCCAACCAUGGGAUCAGUAUGGCCGCGAGCGAUAUUAUAUCUACUUAGUACUAAAUGUGUUUAGUGUACAAUUUGUAAUAAAUGUAUUAUACAAUAUGUUGGCAGUA